CCCUGCUGAGACAUCACACAGAGUGCAGGGAUGCAGAAAACUAUCCCUGGCUGCUUCUUCCACCAAAUAUAUUCUUCCCUAACUGGCAUUUCAAUGGAGAGAGACCACAUGAAAGAUCUCAGAAGAUACCUGGCACUGAAGUAUAUCCAAUACCUCGUCCUGUCUUCCUCCAACGCUGUCAGCACCUUCCUGGGGCUGCUGGGCAGCGCCUACACCAUGAUCCUCCUGCAGUCUGCCAAGGUCUCCUCCAAGUCCACUGCAGUCCUCAUUUCCAGCCUGGCCCAGGCAGACAUCCUGGUUUUGCUCAGCCUUGUUUCCGACGUGGCUUUGGGGAGUUUUGGCGCCGGCGUCUCUCCCGCAGCCUCGGCCGUGGCGCGGAUCCUGCUCACGGCCAAUGCUCACGUGAGCUGCGUCCUGCUCAGCUGCGUGGCCUUCGAGGCCUACAUGAUCACCUUCCUGCCCUCGGAGUCACGGCCCCUGCGGACGGUCAGGAACGCCCGGCUGGUGUCCAGGGUGAUCUGGGCGCUGGUGGCCGCAGAGUGUGCCCUGUUCCUCAUGGAUGACCACCUGAGGGUCAGCGGUGCCUCCGCUCCCUCCCGCGGCCCUUGGGGGCUCCCGUUCCAGCUCUGCAGCGCGGCCGCCGCCCUGCUCAGGUCCCUCAGCUACAUCCUGGGAAUUCUGCUGAGGAUUGUCAACGUCUACAUCUACUACAAGAUAUUUUUCAGCAUGUCUCCCAGGUCUAGACUCAAAUCCAAGUAGGAUGUUCCUUCUGGGAACGCUGGAACACAAGGCCCUUCAAUACAAUUCCAAACCAUUUGGAAACUGUUCAGUAACCAGGACCAAGGCUCACCAGGGAGUUUAAACCUUCCUGAUCCCUGGUACUGUUCAGCUGUUAUUGAGAAGAGUUUGGGGCUGAGGAGCCCCUUGGCAUUAAGACACCAUAGUUGGUGACUGUUUAUUUAGACUUUAUUCACUGUAGAGGUGAAACAAAAGACAUUUCAUGGUUGUAAAUCAACCCCACUACUUUUUAUAUAAAAAGGGUGCUUAAAUGCUUCCUCAGGGAUCUCUUGAGCCAAGAGUUGUGUAGUUGUUUACUGAAGACAGGAUCUAUGUCCUAAAAUAUUCCUAACUCAGGUGACCCCCAGGCUCUGCAGGUGGGAUGGAGAGACAAGGUGAGCACCGAGAUGUCCAAGGUGGGCUCAGGGCAUCAGCCCCACCUGAAGAGUUCCUGGGACAGAGCUGGGCUGAGAUGCCACACUUUGGAACAUUCCCAGAGCUGUUCUUGGGAGGCUGUCACACCAAAGCAGGAAACAGCUUCUCUCACAUCCUUCUUCAGAAAUAAAAGGCUGGAAAGCUGGAAGGCAGCUUUCAUUGUUUGCUUCAGCCCGAGGAGAGAGAGUUUGAGAACCCCCCUGUGUGGAGGGAUCAGUAAAAGCAGAGCAGAAAUGUAAUCAAGUCAAUUAAACCCUUGGAUGAACAUUCCCAAUCAAAGCUGACCCCAUCAGCAGGAAGGAUGUUCUAAUAACUUGAUGCACUGUGAUAACCUGUUCUUGCUCCUGAAGCCUGAACUGAGAGACUCCCAGGAGAGAUAAAAUGUUACUUGGAGUGCUGUAAUUAAUAAAAACGUAUUUUGUUAAAGCCUGGACAUUAUUUAUGUAUUUUUGCUGAAGUUCCACUAGAGAGAUCUGGAGGAGAUGAUUAUUUUGUUACAGCCCAUGUUGGCAAGGUUUUUACAGUGAACAUUUAGACCACGUUUGGCUGCUUGGAUUGGCUAAGAGGGACAAAGAGAAGCCAGUGGCACCGGGGGUGUUC